CUGCUUGUAUUUUGACGUUGUGUUUUUUUUUUCUUUUUUUCGUACUUUUAAUCUGCACGCACCACCCACCCAAAACACCGAACGCCAUCAAAUCAAAACUGUUCGAUAAAAUCAUGGCUAAAAAUCAUCGACGUCUCGAAACAUAUAUCAUUGACCACAAUGAAUUCGUGAUACUGAAUAUCGGUCCGACUGCCAAAUCUGCAGCCAAGGGAAGAACAAACAUCGAAUUGAGAGAACAGUUCAUUUUGGCCGAUGGAGUGUCGCAGACGAUGGCCGCAUUCAAGUCGAAGCCGCAUUCGGCUCAACAGAGCCCGGGGUCGGCGUCGCCUGUUUACCGAGGCUCGCCAGGACCUAUCACGAAGGUACGGGAACGUUCACAAAGAAGUGUAGCCAUGGGUAAAACCAGGAAGUCUUCUCUAUCAGCUGGAACACCAGACAGUUUGUCCGAUAAUGAAGGAUCGUUGUCCAACAGCUUGAGCUAUGGAGGUUCUCGUUCACACCAAGACAACAACAACACAACUUCUGGGAUCAGAUCAACAACUUUGACACCAGGAGGUUCCCGUGGCGGAUCUAAACCAAAUUCACGUCCAGUUAGUCGUGCAGGCUCCAAACCACCAUCCCGUCACGGAUCCGAUUUAUCACUUGAUAGCACUGAUGGAACACCAUCGCGUAUACCAAUGCGCAGGAAAAUAAGUGAACACCACCACAACACCUAG